CCCCGGCUGGGCUAGAGCGGCGCGCCUGGGUUGGGGCCAGGCGGCCAUGGAAGAGGAGAGGAGUUUCUCGGACAUCUGCGGCGGCCGUCUGGCUCUGCAGCUCCGCUACUACUCGCCGUUCUGCCGGGAGUUCUGCGUCAGCUGCCCUCGGCUGUCGUUGCGCUUGCUCACCGCUGUCACCUGCACAGUGUGGCUGGCGGCCUACGGACUCUUCACUCUGUGCGAGAACAGCAUGAUCCUCUCAGCUGCCAUCUUCGUCACUCUCUUAGGCCUUCUUGGUUACCUCCAUUUUGUGAAGAUUGAUCAGGAGACUCUGUUGAUCAUUGAUUCUCUUGGCAUCCAGAUGACAUCAUCCUAUGCCUCAGGCAAAGAAAACACCACCUUCAUAGAAAUGGGCAAAAUCAAAGACAUUGUCAUCAAUGAGGCUAUUUACAUGCAGAAGGUGAUUUACUACCUCUGCAUUUUACUGAAGGAUCCACUGGAACCACACAAGAUAUCUCAAGUAGUACCUGUCUUCCAGAGUGCCAAGCCCCGGCUGGACUGCUUGAUUGAAGUGUACAAGAGCUGCCAGGAAGUUCUGGCGCACAAGAAAGCCACAUCAACAGACCCAUGAGUUCCCAGCAUUCAGAAGGCCAGUACCAUCUUCCAGGGAGACGGCUCCUAAGCUGUAGUGGCUGGUUUGUCUCCACUGCAAACCACCAGGUGGACAUAGUCCUAGGAAC